AACAUGGAAAGACAUGACAUUAAGCAGGAAGUCACUAUGACAGCAUCAAGAAUCAAUAAACGUGUAUAAUAUCAAGGCGUCGUCAUGAAAACUGCAAAAAAUUCCUUUGCAUUUUAUUUUCAUUACUGUCUGAUUCAGAAAAUUCCUUUUAAUGCUCUCCGUGCACAGUUUGGAACGACUAAAAUUAAUCCGCUCACAAUCGGCAUUUUAUCGUAAACACUUUAUGUUUGUAGAUUAUAAAUCUUUUUUAUUUGUGUUGAAAUCUCUCUUUAGAUGGCAUUUUAAAAAGAUUAGCUGGCCAUAACCCGAUCUAAUGACAGAGUUGUGUAUUGACUGAUAACAUAGGGGUACAGGGAGAUUACGUCACGCUCCAGUGACCCGGAUGUCCACAGUGGUCGUGACGAUAUUAUUAUACAGGUGUUUUCAGGUGACUUUUGUUGUGUAUUGCCUUCCUUUGAGAAAAAUUAUCUCCUUCACGUCUAGGAUAAUAGAGGAUUAACAGCAAAAGAUGAGCAGGAAUUCCAGGGCCUCCGAAAGGAGCAAUGGCGUCACGGAAUCCAAUGAGCUUCUAUCUCAAGGUCACACGGAGCACAUCAUGAUCAAGGAGUUCGAUCGUGUGGAUUCUGAAGACGACAUUUUGGGAGAAUACCGAGAGGAAUGUAAAAUCGAAGCCGGAUGUUUACGGAAAAGAACCGGGUUGGAGAAAUGUUGCGGUGGUUUCAUCAUAGUCCUCCUUAUUGUAACUCUUGCCUUAAUUAUUGCGUUAGCACAACGAAAAUCUGGACCAGACCCUCGAUUUGUAUGUGAAACCAAAGAAUGUAUACUGGCAGCGGGUUCUAUUCUGAAGUCUAUGGAUCAAUCCGUAAAUCCGUGUACUGACUUUUACAAGUAUGCGUGUGGAGGGUGGGAAAGGGACACUCCCAUCCCUCCCGGCUACUCCAUGUGGGACCGGAUACAAGAACUGUCAUAUAUCAAUCUCCAUCACCUCAAAGGCAUUCUGGAAAAGCAGGGUAGUUCUGUGAAGUAUGAUUCCGGAAAGAAAACCAAACAGUUUUACAAGAGUUGUAUGUCGGAGAGCCGACAGAAGCGAUCUCAGACGUUAGCGGACUUCACGGACCUCAUCAGAAAUGUCUCGGUGGACGGCGACUUUAACUUUGCCGUGAUGCUAGAGAAAGUCCACCUACUGGACGCCUGGCCCCUCUUCACAGUGUCCGUCGGCCCCAAUGAAGUGUCUUCCGAGAAUGUUAAUGUCGUCAAGAUAGACUAUGGUUAUACCCAGUACCCAUUCCAAAGCUUUCCAAAACCGUCCGAAUCUCCCGCGACAGUUAAUACUGCGCCUCAACAUAACAACGAAACCUCCCCUCCACCGCCGACGUACCAGCGUUUGCAGAAAAACACUCCCACCUACCUUAGUUGGGAUCUCAAUGAGAUAGUGAAAAAUUACAUGAGAGAAACAAAAAGGAUUCUGAGAGUGGUGUUCAACAAGACGGAAGAGGAAGCGGAAUCUCUAUCUCAGAAUCUGCUGAAACUGGAGAAAAACAUCGGAUGGACACGUGACAGUGAAGAACACAGCCACAAUAGAUCAGCUACAUUCACCCUGACGAAAAUCAAAGACCUUCAGCGGAAAUGUCCAAUGCUGACCUGGGACCUGUAUUUAUUAAGAAUCCUCUAUAAAUCUCAAGUGACUAUCAACGUUGACACAGAAGUAGUGGUGCUACAUGAAUCAGGGCUGAUUAAGCUCUGCUCCUUGGUUGACUCCUACAUCAAAGAUGCCAGCAAGACCAAUGUUUUAAAACAUUAUUUGAUGGUACACCUAGUGAGGUCCUUUGUCCCGUAUUUUGACGUCAGCACUUUCAAUGAUGACGAUGCUGAUAUCGAAGAAGAAAUAGAAAAUGAAGGGGAGCACUGGAGAAGAUGUGCCUUCUACACAAAUAAAGCAUUCGGUUUUGUGACAGGUGCCAUGUAUGUGAAUGAAACGCAACAAGCAGUGUCAGUUCAAAAGCUACAAACUCUAGUAAGAGAUAUAAAAAUAGCGUUCCGAGACUAUCUCCUGGACAAAAUCUGGAUGGACACAAGUACGAGGAGUCACGCAGAGGAAAAAAUAACUGAAAUGUUAGAGAAGAUUAGUUAUCCCGAUGAAAUCCUGAAAUCACACUUCCUCGAUCAAUACUACAAGGAGUUUGAGGUAAGCGACGAUUGGUUCAAGAAUAUAAAGAAUAUGAAGACGUUUCAUGUCACAAAGAGCGUGGAGAUGUAUCAUAAAGUUGUAGAUCGACACAGCUGGAUGCAGACACCAGUGACGGUAGAAGCUGACUACUCACCUCAAAGAAACGACAUCAUGUUUCCGAUCGCCAUGUUUCAUCUUCCGUUCUAUUCUCCAAAUGGACCCCAAGCUCUUAAUUUUGGAGCAAUGGGCUCCAUCAUUGGACAUGAAAUAACACAUGCGUUUGAUAUCACAGGACGUCAGUAUGACAGUAAGGGGAAGCUGAAGGAAUGGUGGGAACCGUACACGGCCUCUCUGUUUGAGAAGACCACGGGGUGUAUGAGAGAACAGUAUGACGGAUUCAAGCUAGACGGACUACAGAUAAAUGGGGAGAAAACACUGGACGAAAACAUAGCGGAUAAUGGUGGAUUACGCGCUGCUUACAUAGCAUUUCAAAUUUGGGAAAAUGAAAAUGGAAUUACACCGAAUCUUCCCGGUGUGAAUUUGACAGAUAAGCAACUGUUUUACGUUAGUUACGCUCAGAUGUUCUGUACUAAGUGGAAACGUUCGGGUUUACGGAAUUAUUUAUUAAGUGAUGACCAUUCCCCUGGGCCAUUACGUGUGAAGGGCACCUUGCAGAAUUCAAAUACUUUUGGAAAAGUGUUUGACUGUCCUUUCAUAUCAGAAUAUAGUCCACAAACUAAAUGCGAGGUCUGGUGAUAUUUGCAAAUGUAUCGACACAUUCCAUGUAUGGUUUGUCAAAAAAUGGCAUCGUGUGGAUUGCAUUUCCGGGUUUUCAGGUGGAGGAAACAAAAAAAGGCAGCCUUUUGCUUUGGUUCAGAAAAAUCUACGCUGGCUUAAUUAGUACCAACCAGAAAUACAUGUAUUUCAAAAAUAGUAUAAGCUUGCACUUUAAUUUAUCACACAUUGCACUCAAGUUUAAUUAUAUUUUUUUCAGAAUUUUAAAGCACAAUUAUGACUAGAUUAGAAUAAUGUUUUACAUUUAUUGUGAGACAAGUGUUUAUAAAUCACUUGUUCUUUUUGUGUAUGUAUAAUUUUCCUUAAUUUAAUAUCGAACAUCAAUAAACCCAGAGGGCUUUCGGUAAGUCUGCGAUGUCUUUCAUGCUUUUUUUAUGUAUGUUGAACAAAAAGAGACUUUAGGUGGGGGUAGUGCUGAGUUAACUUUUCUUAAGUUGCCACUUCCUCAGGGUUAACUUGUAUACUAAUAGAUUGAAAACAUAUUCAUAAUGUGAUCUCUUAUCUCUUCAUGAAAUGUAACCUUUUAAAAUUUGACCUCUCAAUAAUUGUCCCAAAGGUAUAAUAUAUAACGCUAUCUGUGAUUAAACCUGUAUCUACAUUGGCAUUUGCUUAAAUCAAAAGAUUUUUGAUAGCGAUUGUUUUUUUUUUUUUUUUAAUAUUGAAUUUUUCUUGCUUUAUUUUUGCACAUAUAUGGCGUAGCUUGCUGUGUGGUCAACAUUAGAUUUUUAAAAAUAAGCAUUUGUUUUGUUAUUUUAUGAACUUUUUUGGCUGUUUUAUAUUAUUUUGAAGUUUUAAGACAGUAACACAUGUUUUCAGUUAUUUUAUACCGUUUCCCCAUGAUGUCACGGGCAUUCCAUUUCAUAUUUUUCUACUAUGACAUUUGUUCCCAAUAGAACAUUGGACAAUUUGAAGUUUGUUAAAUUGUUAUUUAUUAACUUAAUGUAUAUAUUUGCUUAAUUUGUCAUACAUUGCGGCCUAGCUGUUUUGAAUGCAAUGAUUGUUUGUUAGUUUUUUUUGGCAAAGUUCAACUUUAUUGUCAACUUUGCCAGUCAGUGGUUUUUAUUUCUUUAUGAAGAUACUUUUUAAAGUCAUAUAUGGCAUAUUUUUGGUAAGU